ACCUUCGUAGGGUUGCUAUCAGGGUUGCUAGCCAAACACUGUGGAAAGAACCUCUUUGAUACACAAGGAAUUUACCCAUUACAACCAUACCUAGACUGUAAAAACAACAUAUUUUAUCCCAUUAAGUUAUCAGUAGUACUACCGCUUCGUGUUCAGGUGUAAGUUUAUCUGAGUGAAUGCGGUAGUUCUAGCAGCUAGCACUAGAGGUUUUAACUAACGUUCGUUGUGUUCGGCUUAAACAUCAACGUUGACUAAACACAGUGGCUAUAGUCCUAGCUUCUAACGUUAACGUUAAUAACUGUUAGUGCUACACGUGUUAACGUUAGUUUGGUUAAUGUUAUUCAUAGCGAACUUAGAUAAUAUUAGAUAAUAUUAACCUAAAAAGAUUAGUUAGUCCUGAAUUUCGAAAUGUUUGUAGAAGCUAGAAUUAAAUCUUAACUCGGGACUUUUGAUUUCGAGUGAAUAAAUUAACCCAACCUGCAAAAUGUUAGAUUGGAAUGAGAUUGAAAAUGUUGAUCCAGAUGAACUGGGAAACGUCGAGGCACUUGUCGACACAUUACUUCAGGUUGAGAAGAGGGAUUUACAAGAAAAAGAAACGGCAUCUUUAGCCCAACUUUUCAGCAUAGUGCAGACUCUCCUGAAGAUAAAAUGUCAAGAACUUUUAUGUGCAUAUGAGAUGAUAGACAAGGCUGGAGUUGAUUUGGCAAGAACUGAGAAUGCAUUUCAAACCGAAGUAUCCAAACUACAGAGUGAACUGGAGAUGGUUAAUCGCUCUGCUGGGGGUAGAGAUACACGUUUCCUUCGAGAUGAAAUUCGUCAGCUGGAGAGUCACUUGCAGCGCAAGGAGAAGGAACUGGUUCAGCUGGAGAAAGAAAUGAUGAAAGAAAAGAAGGCAAAUGAGAAGCUAUCAGCCAGAGAGGAUGACAUUGAAGAUAAAAAUAGGAAACUGAAGAGAGAGAAUGAUCAGCUUCGUCAAGAUGUGGAAUUUUAUCGUAGAGAACUGGACCAGAGGGUGCCUGUUCAGUCCAAAGAAGAGGGAAUUGAGGCUCAGAGACGCUUCAACAUAACCAGCCGGCAACUUUACCAAUGUAUGGAGGAAUUACAGAGGGCAGAAGAAGAAAUUGGUCGUUUGAAGACUGACAGUCAACUGAUGAAGAGGAAUCUUGAGGUGUCUGUACGGGAGAUGGAGAAGAUGACUGAUGAGUACAACAAGAUGAAAAUAAUAGUUCAGCAGUCAGAUGCCAGCAUGGACCAGCUGCGGAAGGAUAGAGACCAUGCCAAAGCUCAGGUGAGAGAGCUAAUGGACCAAAUUCAGAGGAGGGCUGAGGAAGACGACCCAGUCAUGGCUGCAGUCAGUGCUAAAGUGGAGGAGUGGAAGAGAUUGUUAUCUGAGAAGGAUGACGAGGUCCUGGAAUACCAACAGAUGAAUCGUGACCUGAGAGAGAAGCUUAAAGCAUCACACAUGGAUUCUGAUAAGAACAACAUAUUAGCUCUCCAGCAGCUUAUUUAUGAGCUGUGUGCUGCGGUUCAAGAAAGAGACAAUCAAAUCAAGAUGCUUAGUGAUCAAGUGGAACAAUACACAAAUGAAAUGGAAAAAAACACAAAGUUAAUUGAAGAAAUGAAGAAGCCCUUGAGGAAAGAGAAAGGUCCUCUAACAACUGUGCACCUGCGGAAGAUAGAGGAACUACAGGCAAAGCUCCUUGUGGCUGAGAGAAGGGCAUUCGAGGCUGAGGAACUAGCAGAAUUAGCUGAGAAAGAUGCCAGACUCAAGGACAAGGAGCUCAGUGACACUCUUACUCGCAUAAGAGUCUAUGAGUCUGGCACAGAUGGCUUAGAAGCUGCUAUUGCUGAAAUCAAACAAUUUAAAGACCAGAUACGAAUAAGAGAUGAUGAGACGGAAGCAAUGACCAAGGAAAUCAACAAAUUAGAGAUGAGAAUGAAUGAUCUAUUGGACCAGAAUGAGGCCUUGAGAGAGAGACUUGGUCUAAACCCGGAGGGAGAGGUGGAUUUGACUGAAUUCCGAAGGUCUAAGGCUUUAAAACAAAGGCAGUAUAAAGCAGAAAAUCAAGUAUUGAUGAGAGAGAUAGAGAGACUCGAGGAGGAGAGACUUGAUCUCAAAAAACAGUUAAGAGUCAUGGUGAAAGGAAAAGGUAUGACGGUGAGCAGUGAACUUAUGGCUAACAUCUACACACAAAGAGAGCCUGCUAUUGCAUCCACAGAAGAUGACAAAGUUAAAAAAAUGAAUGAACAUCUUCGGAUGGAGCUUAAAAGCAAACAGAUAGAACUGGAGCUAGCAGAAAAGGAAUCAUCUGAAUUUAAGGCCAAACUUAAUGAACUCUUAAAUGAAAAUAAGCACCUGGAAGAAGGCAUUAAAGAGAUACUUGCAGCUUUACAGGACAGCCAGAAAAGGACACACACAGAAUUGGGAAUUAGUGUUCCCAGUUUGGAAAGACUUGUGACUGCUUUAGAAAUGAGAAAUUCAGAAGGAACGCCUGAAACCAAUCUGCAAAUUAAGAUGCAGAUUGACUAUUUAGCAGACCGAAACCAUGAACUCAGACAGGAAAUGAAAGGUGUAAGGGAGGAUUCAGCGCUGACUUUGAGAGAACUGACAACGGCCAAUGAAAAGAUUAUGCAUUUGGAGAGUGAGUUAGAAACACUGAUGAAAUCUAAUGUGAACAAAGAGGGUUUUAAGGGCUUGUUCAUUCCCGAGGAAUUGACACCAUCUAGUGUGGACACCAUCAGCUCUCUAAAUGAUUACGCUGUUCGACUUCUGCUGGAGGCUAAAGAUAAAGAAGAUAUAUGCAAACGACUCCAGGUGGCUUUAAAGGAGUAUAGAAGGAAACUAGCUGUGAUUCGGCACCAGCAAUGUCUUCUAUAUGAAGAAUACCAAAGAGAGAGAGCGGCAUGGCAGAAGGAGAGAGAGUUACUUAAGGAGGCAAAUAAUAAGUUGGAGGAACAGAAAAAGGUGGAUGAGAUGAAGGUCAAAGAGUUUACUCAUUGGCUUGAUGUCUUAGAAAAGCACCCUACAGAAAUCAAGAGAUUGAUCUCGGAGGCAGCGCGAAAGAUGACUGUGCUUCGAGUGAAUGAAAAGUCUCUAAGUAGGUAUUGCACCACUUUGCUGGAAUUGGAACAGCACCUUAGGAAGGAGAACAACAAGCUUAAAGAUGAUUUUGUUAAAAUGGAAAUUUCUGUAACUGAGAGGAUAUCUUACUUACAAAGAUAUAAGGACAUGGCUGUUUUCAAAAUGACUACAUUACAGAAGACUUUGGAUAAAAGUGUCCCUUCCUCAGAACUUGAGAAAGCCAAUAAACAGUACAUCAACCUCACUGUUAAAUAUAGAGACCUGCUGCAAAAAGACAACCAUCUAAUUCAGAGGACCACUGUGCUGGAACAUUUAGAGCAAGAGAAUGUGUCUCUUCGUGAACACAUCAGCUCCCUCAGCAAAGAACUGCAAAUCAACAAGGAGAGAGUUCAUAUCCUAGAACAAGAAUGGGAUCACAGAAACUCUCAAGAUACCAGCAGCGUUGAAAAGGCUGAGACAAACAGCCAAAUAGUGUCUGUUUCUAAAAUGAUUGCUACUUUGGAGAUGAAGGAGCUGAAUGAGAGGCAGAGGGCUGAGCACGCCCAGAGAAUGUAUGAGCACCUUCGUAAUUCUUUAAGACAAGUGGAACAACGUAAUUUUGACCUUGAGAAGAAAUUCCUGGAGGUGUCGAAGCAAAACUUGGAUGCCCAGAGAGUAGAGCAGGAGCUGCGUGAUGAGCUGGCUAACAGUGUUAGUAAUGCUGUGAAUGAUAGCAACCAGAAGUAUAUUGCUGAUCUUGAGAAGAUACACACUGAAAUGAAGAUGGAGAUAUCCAACUUGCAGGAGGUGGCCAAUGUGGCAAAAAUGCAGGUUUCUGCACUGGAGGCCAGACAGCAAUCUAGAGAAAAGGAAAUUGAGGCUCUAAGGAGACAGACCUUAGAUUAUCAGGCCCAGUCGGAUGAAAAGGCCCUCAUUGCCAAGCUCUAUCAGCACAUUGUUGCCUUGCAGUUAAGUGAAACAACUGCUCUGUGUAAGCUGGAGACCACCACUAGCCAGCUCUGUAAAGUAGAGGCUCAGUUGUUGCGUGCUGAACAGCAGUUGGAUGAAAAGGAAAAAACACUGUGGCACGUUCGACAGUAUGCUCACGGUCAAGCCAAACACCUUAGACAGACAAUACAGUCAUUGCGGAGGCAAUUUUCUGGUGCCCUGCCCCUGGCUCAGCAGGAGAAAUUUUUCCAGAUCAUGGUGCACCUCAAGGAGGAUCACAAUCAGGUGCGACAUGAGGCUCUUCAGGCGAGAGAGCAGAGAAGGAACUUCGAAAGCAAGGCAAAAGAACUGGACCUCAAAGUCAAAGGACUAGAUGACCUCAUGACCACUCUUAAGGAUACCAAAGGGGCUCAGAAGGUUAUUGAGUGGCACAGAAAAUUGGAAGAGGCCCGACUGCUGGAGUUGAAAAGUAAUAGAGAAGUUAGUAUUCAGAGGGAGGAAAUCAAAUACUUGAAAACUGUGAUAGAGGAACAAGAACGGUCCAUCAGUGCUUUGGAGGAUGAUCACAUUAAGGACAGCAAGAUUCAUGAGGAGCAUCAGUUGCUUUGGGAAGAAAGGGAGGUGGAAUUGGAGCGCCAGCUGGAGCACUAUGAGAAACAACAGAAUCAAGUUGACAAUGCUACUCAAAAGAUAAGUGGUGUUCUCCCGGAUCCAACUCUGACUGUCUUUCAGCAGCUGAAUCAUUCCCUGAGGAAAAUUAAAGAGCUCAUUCACACUGUUGCAGAGAAGCAAGCGACUUGCAAUUUGCUGGAACAGAAACUGAAAGAGAAGGAAGAAGCAUUAUGGAAAGCAGAGCAAAAUGUUCUCACUCGAGACAAGGUCAUUAAUGAGUUGCGCCUUUGCUUGCCAAACAUUGCUGAGAAGGAGAAGAUCUUAGCAACCCUCAGCAGACAGGACAAUCUUGAGAGCCAACCUGCUUUCAGAGUGGCUCAACAAACUAUAAAUAGCCUUCAGGGACGCCUGAACCAGAAAGAAGAAGUCUUGAAGAAGUACCAACAUCUUCUGGCUAGAACAAGACAAGAACAAGAAGACAUUACAAAAAAACACAAAGAAGAUAUGCAAACUCUUCAACAGAAGCUUGAACUACUUACAGAAGCUUCAUUAGGUCACCUGAAACAGACAGCUCUGGACUUAAUGAAGAAACCCUUUAUUACCAUACCAACCACAAAACACCUAGCUCGUUUAGCUGAAUUGGAGCAAACUGUGGCUGAGCAAGAAAACUCCCUCACCACCCUGAUGGAUAAGAUCAAAGAGAAGACCGCAGAGUUGGACAAACAGAGACAUAUCAUGGACAUCCAGGCCAGAAAACAUGUCAUGGAUAAAGACAAGCUGGAAGAGAGCUACAAAGCUCAGAAAAAAGUUGUACAACAGGAAGCUGAGGAACUCGGAACACAGGUUGCUCAGAUGGAGAAACAACUGCAUUGCCUUCAGACAGAGUUGGAUUCUCAGAAAGAGGCUAAUCUUCGCUCACCAAGCCAAACCAUGAAGAAUCUUGUGGAGAGCCUUAAAGCUCAGCUUUGCCUUAAGGAAAAGCAACAGAGGGUUGUCAAUGUUACAGCAUUGAGCAAGGCACUACUAGAACUGCGUGCUGAGAUGACCUCCCAUGCAGAGCAUCAAACAAUUAUCAGUGUCACACAGAGAGAAGAGGAGUUAAAUAUUCAGCAGAUUGUUGACAAACACACCAAGGAGUUGCAGGGCCGUAUACAGGAGUUAAAUGAGGAACUCUUAAAUGCAAAAGAAAGUGUAAGUGUGGCCCAGAGCAAGGAGAGUUCCAUGAGGGAGUCCCAUGAGGGCCUGGUUGUAGAACUUCAGAAGAGUCGCAGAGCUCAGAGUAAACUGCAGGCUGAGAAGACUGGCUUGGAAGACAAAGUUACUAAUCUGAAACUGAGAGUAAAAGGGCUCACCAGCAAUUUGCAGUAUCAGAAUGAAAGCGAAAAGAAAGGGUCUUCAGUAGAAGGGUUACAGCAAAGCAAAUUAGAGACAUCAGAGCCUUCAGAUGUUAUGGUUGGAAGAAAGGAUAAAGACAAGAUGUCAAAAGAAGAGAUUACAAGGUGGGAGGAAGCUAAAAAGUGGCAAGCCAAAGUGGAAAAAAUACGAAAAAUACUGAAAGAGAAGGAAAGAGAGGUGGAAACUUUGUCAAAACAGUUGAAUACAACCAAAGAUCUCUACACCAGGUUGGAGGAGGAGAAAAUUAAUCUACAAAAGAAACUAUCACGGAAUCGUGGAGUGACUACAAAUCAGGUCAUGGAAGCACGGAGUCUGGCAUCUGAAAAGGAGAAUGAGGAAUUAAGGAGGAGAAAUGCUGAGCUGGAGCAACAGAUACAAACUAUAAAACAACAACAGGCUUUGCCAAGAGAUGUUGCAAUAGAGGACCUGCACCUUAGGAACCGAUAUCUCGAAGACAAGAUACUGUGUCUGGAGAGUGAACUUUCUAGGGAACCAUCUUCACUGGUACAGCGUGCUGGGUCUCCAUCACAGAAAAAGCACAAACUACAGGCAGAAAACCUCCGGCUCUCUGCAAAAAACCUGGAGCUCUGUCUCCAACUAGAGCAAGCAACCAAAGACGUCCCCAGAUUAAAGGAUCAAGUGUCUGAUCUCAAAGACAUGUGCAAUGUUCUCAUAAAAGAGAAGGCUACAUUGGAAACUAAAUUUGAGCACAUUGGCCAGGCAGGUGGUAGUGGUAAAACAGUUCCUGAGCUGGAGAAGACCAUUGGCCUGAUGAAGAAGGUAGUGGAGAGAGUCCAGAGAGAAAAUGAGGCUUUGAAGAAGGUCUCAGCUACAGGCAUGCAGGAGCAGCUACGUACAAUUGAGCAAGAGCAUGAAAAACUAAAGUCGGAGUAUGAUAAACUCAAAGGAAAAAUGCAAAUGGAGUCAAGAAAAAUGGGGCUGGAGAAAAUUGUGAUGGAAAAUGACCAGUUAAGGAGAGACAUUAAAAAGGAGGCAGAGGCAGCAGAGAAACUGAAACUGGAAAAGGCCUGUUUAGAAGUGACCAGUCAGAAGCUUCAGUUAGAUCUGGAUGAAGCUAAUCAAAGGCUUUCUCUAGCAGAGUCUACUUCAGUAGGCGCUUUACAAUCUAAGAUUGUAACGAGAAACAUUAAGUAAUUUAUAAUUCACACUGAGACUUGUUUGUGAGUGUUUGAUACUCAAAUAACAUACUAUCCUUGCCAACACUAAAUGCAUAUUAAGAUUUGUCUUCAUGGUAUUAAUAAAAGAGACCUCAGAUUCA